AUGGCUUUAAGUGCCGCGACUCCAGCCAUAAGAGGCUACCUCCUUGACACCGACUGUCGAUGGGACAUUGUUUCUGCCUCUGUGGACGACCGUACGGAGGAGGAGCGUGGACUAAAGGUAAUUUCACCAGUGCCAGCAAACUGCAUUGCCUUGACCUCACUCAACUAG